UCCUGUUGUGGUGACUUUCUUCUCAAAGUCUUCACAAAAACAUCAAAGAAUCGGCGAUCAGAGUAGAAGAGGCAGAAACACUUUCAAGAACAAUUUUUGAGACGUCUGUUUCUGAACCGACAGCAGAUCUUUGGCGAUUUAUCAUUUAGAAAGUGAAGGUCAAGUUUAGAUCACUGGAUCUCAAACACUGAACACAGAUUGAGUGAAAAACUCAAACUCUUCUGUCUGGAGGACAAACAGCCCGUGUGUUUAGUGUGUAUUUACUCACAAAAACACAUCAACCACUCAUUCAGAGUGAAGUUGUUCCAUCAUAAGAUUUCACUGGAUAAUCUACUGGACCCUGUAUACAAGAUUGCAGUGUAUUUCUGCUAGAAGACAUAAGAAGGUGAACAGAACUGACGUACAUCAGAGCAGCAGAUGUUCACUUCCUGUUGAUAAGUGAACACGUUAUUUUAGCCAGGAAGAAGAGAAGAUUUGACUUCUUUAACGGUUGAAGCAUUUUGAAAAAGUAAUAACACCAGACAACAUCAAGGCUGAUUUACACCUUUACUUUGAUCCCAAGUCAUUCUGUUGCAGAGAUGGACUGUGUAAAAAAACAAAGGUCUAAAUCUUCUAGUCAUGAUAAAACCACUCUUAAGAAAAGGAGGGAAAAGGCCACACUUGAGGCAAGAAACAGGAAAAGUAAUAGAACAGAAGCAAAUUUAGUCCGGAGUUGUUCAAAGUUGAGUUUGAGUGAUUCGGGAGCUGAUGAAGAGAAUGAAAGCAAGAACCCCCAGAGGAGCAGGAGACGGUCGACCCAGACAACCCAGCCCAGCAGUAUAAUCAAACAAGAUGCCUACAUACAGAUCCCACUCUCAGUCAUGUCUGGAAAAGAAUCAACCUCAAAUAAAAAUCAGUUAAUCUCUCAUGAAGAUGAAUCUCCCUCUAGCCCAGUUGAAGGCCAAAAGUACGAAAUUAACUAUAAAUUAAUUGACGGAUUUCCUUCAUGUGCUGAGGAAAAGAAUAAGGAAAAGAUAAGGAAAAGAAAAUCUUAUGUAAUGUCAUACGACACAGAAACCAAGAAUGCUGAAUGGGUGUAUGAGAUACUGAAUGAGAGUACUUUAGAAAACACAUGUAAAGAGCACAUGAGCUUUGGAAAGAAAGAAUUGGAGAACAGAGACUAUCAACAAGGUCAUCUUGCUGCAGCUGCCAAUCACAGGUGGUGUCAGGAAGCCUAUCAUGACACUUAUUUGAUGAGCAACAUGAUACCACAGCUUUCUGCUUUAAACCAAGGCAUGUGGAAAUCAUUGGAGGAGUAUUGUCGACAACUAGCUGAGCCUGGCUGCAAUGUCCAUGUGUACACUGGACCACUUUACCUGUGCAAGAAUAAAAAGGGUGACUAUGUUCGUGUGCUUGACCCAAAAAAUCCGAACAACAGUGAAGAGAAAGCAGUGCCAACUCACCUCUUUAAGGUGAUAAUUGUGGAGAAAAAUGGAAGAGUAGAAGAGCCAAAAUGCUAUGUGAUGCCCAAUAAGAAACAAGAAUACAAAAAAUCUUUUGAAUCAGCACAAAAUUUUCCAAACACAGACAAGUUAGAGUUAGAGGAAUUAGAAAAGAGCAUUGAGGAAAUUCAAAUAUGGUCUGGGCUAAAAUUCAAAAUAGACAAACCUCAGCAUAACAUGAUAGAGCAUACAGAGCCAAUUACAUGGAAGGGAGAAGAUGGAAAAGGAGAGUCGUGUGAGGCUAAAAUAGCAGUCACAAUCCACACAGUGAUAAAGACGCCAAUAUCUGACACAUCACAGCAGUAAUGACAGUGAGUUGUGUUUGAUCUUCUCUUAUGAAGCAGAUGAAAAGUUUGUUUGAAUAAGUCUGCAACUGUCUCACUAGUAAUUAAUACUCCCAUACAGAGGAGUCAUGUCCAUUCAAAGUGAGGGGCACGUGCCCCUUCAGAUUUUUGAGCCAAAUGGAUUUUGAAUACAGCUUCCAAAAGACAAAAAAAAAAGCAGAACAAUAUUUUCUAUAUUUAAUACAAUCAUUCAGCGCGUCAUAUCAUCAGCUGCUAAAUUCAAAUCUGUGAAUUAUACAGACAGGUUUUAUACAUAUAAUAGACUACAUUAUUAGACUACUUUGACCAUCAUAAUCUAGGUAAUCUAUCGAGAUAUUUCAUGAUAGCCUAUAGUUAAUGCGUUUGGGAAUGUUUUGAAUAAAAUGAAAAAAAAAUACAUAAGUGCUAUUGUGGCUGCUGUGUGUCACAUGACAGCUAAAUGCUUUAAAUUAGUUUUGUAGACAAACUACACACUAUUUCCCUGUUUAAUACUUUGACACAAUUAGCAUUGUAAAAAGCGCUAUAUAAAUAACGAUGACUUGGCUUGACAAAACGACUACUUUUACGAUUACUUGAGCCGUCGAACAGCACAGCAAAUGUCCAACACUCACAGAAUCUUCAAUAUUGUAUACAAGUCAUCUCCUGAAGCACUGUGAUGUUUUCUGAAGAAAUGUGAAGUGUGCAGUUCUGCAGAUUGUAGCCAAAGGCUGGUUAAGAAAGUAGAAUAUAAGAGUUUUGAUUUAUUACUAUUUUAAAUCUAUUUCUACAUAUUUCACAUUAUUCAAAAUAUGUUUUUUUUUAAAUAGUUUUGAUGACUUUUCUAUUAUUCUAAAAUGUAAUUUUAUUUUAUAACCUGAUAAUAACUAGUUGGUGUUUCCAUAUUUGAGUGAACUAACAUCAUUGGGGUUUUUUUUAAUAAUAAAAUGAACAAAAUAUGUCAAUAGCCAAAUUACUUUCUACCUCACCCAUCAUAUUGAAUAGUGUCAUUUUAAUAGUUUUGAUCUGUUGAUGGGUGAGAAUAAGUGAAUGAACUGCAGUGGUUUCACAUUUAACGUGUUUCUGAGAAAACAUUUACUUGAUUGCUUGUUCAGGCCAGUGUAUUCUGGGAACUGGAUUUCUUUUGUAAUGAUCAAAAGUGAACAAAUGAGACACAUUAAAUACAGGGUGUAAAUGGGAAUGUGUUUUCCUCUAAUCAAACCACGUGCAUUUUAAUACCAGAUGCAGCCUAGUCUUUUUCACCAGAAUUUAGGCAUGUGAAAGAAUCAUUUUUGUCAGAUUUGUAAAUGACAGACCCUGGAGAAACUCUAUUCUCAAACAAGCUCAGGC